GAAAAAUGAAUUAUUUUGUUGUUUAUACUACCUUAAUCGUUCAUGUUUAUUUGUAAGGCUUCUUUUCAAGUUAGAGGGUUGUAGAAACAAAACAAAAGGCUAGAUACUAAAAAAAUACAUAUUAAAGAGGUUCAACAGGUAUCCAAGUCUUGGUGGAUGCCCAAGUCAAUGCCAAAGUAUUUCCAUGUGUUAUGUACUGCAGACUCUCAAAUGUCAGCCUCGCCUCUUUUUUCGCUACUCUCACGCCUCCAAAAUACUCUGCUUCCAACGUGUUAUCCUUCCCGUGGAUUUUUCUUGUAACAUAUAAACGGCCUUCAGAAAUUAUACUCCAAAGUAAGAAAUCAACAUCAACACUAACCCAAAAAGGCAUUGCAAGUGUGAGCUUCCUUAUAAUUGGUUAUUUGUACAACAUGGCCUGGGACCUCCACCAGCACCGAGUGCUCCCGGAAAAACAAUUGGAAAUUCCAUAUGGCAUGCAACAUUACCGCUCACUUUUCUUCUGGAAAAUUCCCUUCCAUACCCCGUAUUUAAUUUGGGGCUGUGUUUAGAAAUACGAGGGCUGUGAAUAGAAACUCCCUAAAUUUAGAAGAAUCGCAAAUUUCACCCUCCUUAGUUCCGGCCGGUAUUGCUACAGUCCUCCUUAUAAUUAUUCUUUAACUCUUAUUGAUUAGUUUAUUAAUAUACAGUUGUUUAUAAAUAUUUAGUCUUAUACGUACGUAGUAUUAUUAGGACUAUUAUACUUAAGACUUGCAUGACCUAAAAUUUUGGGGUAGAUUCUAAAGUACCUGGGCAAUCUUUGAUAUCCGCCUACCCCCACUCCCCCAGUCACUUGUUCCUUCUCUCAUUUCAAUUUUCAGUCACUCAAAGUUCUGAUUAUGGUGAAGAAAAACAAACGACCAUCUUCAUCUACUGGGAGUCCCAAUUCUUCUAAGAAAAGAAGAACUUCAAAAGAUUAUGUUGAGCCUCAAGGAGUCCAGGCUAUUCCACUCAACUAUGAAGAUAUGCCCUUGGAUCAUAAAAGAAAGUUUUUUGUAAACCAUGACAUGGGAAGUCAAAACAAAUACAUAGAGAUGCUUUGUUGGAUUAGGCAUAUGGGUUUCCAAGGUGGCACUGUUUUUGAAGAUGUUCCUAAUUUGAACUAUGUUGAGGGCAAGGGCUACCCUCUAGUGGAGGUUGAGGUUCUGUGUGAUGACCAUUCUGUCAAAUUUUUGAUCUCAAAAAAGAAUUUGUAUGUUGUUGCUUGGAUUGCUAGAAACAAGAAUUUUCAGUUUGAUCAAUGCGGAUUUCUAAUUAGAGGCUUUAGUUUGUUAUCAGGAUGGUAUGGGAAUUACACUUCUAAGGCGUGGGAAUAUGUUGGACCUAAACCCAUGCGGAAAGCAUUGAAGAGCUUAAUCAAAGACAAUGGUAUAGAUUCUUGCAUCGAGGCAUGUGAAGUUUUUUUUGUACAUUUGUCAGAGGCAGCUCGGUUCUAUCCUAUUCAAGCCCUUGUCUCUUCCACCCUAACACCGAUUGUAGGUUCUUUUAUAAGCCCCACAUAUUCCGAUGAGCUGGAUGUUCUUGAAGGAGAGAAUGGGGAAACAAUUACUGACAAUAAUGAUGUCUUUACUCUAGUCAAGGCUGCGGGGCCAAUUGACUUAAAAGCACGAGUCAAAACUCCUGAUGUGGUUGAGCAUCUCCUCAAAAACUAUAGUAACUUGAGCAAGUGUUGGUAUGUUUACGCACUAAGUGGGAAGAAAGUUUUCAGAAUGAGUCAAAGUGAUGUCUCAUAUUUUCAUAUGAAGACGCGAAAAAGCCUUAGGUGUACCCUUGCUGUACUAUGCGGUGUCAACUUGAACAAGAUACUAAAGGAGUGGAAGAAGUUGGCUGGAAGAUUUCCAAACUUCAAUAGGGAAGAUUAUGAGUUGAUGAGCCGGCGAGUCCGUGAGCUACAGGAGGAGGAAAAAGUUUUUGUAAAUUGACAAUCAAGUAGGGAAGGAAGAAGAUACAUGUGGUUGUGUUCCCAGAAAGUGGACAGAAGUUUCUGUAUGUUCCCAGCAGCAACCUGAGGCUCCAGGGGACGAAGAAAUUGACCAGCAGCCCAAGAAGCAGAAGAGAUGAAGAAAAGAAUGAAUUUUCCCUUUCCCCUAUUUUGAUUGGCUGGCAUGCGUGCCUGAUUUGGGCUGUUGAGCCAUGUGACAAACACUUUACAUUAUGGUUUUUGAAAUGUAUGUCUGUUGAUAUC